UCAAUGAUCUGUUUAUUAAUUAAUUGUUCUAAAAUACAGGCUUCCCUGCUACGACACUAUCUAUCUAUCUUUGUCGAUCCAUCCGCUCGUAUUCUCCUCCGAUACAAUCCCUAAUUGACUCCGGGUUAGACAUGGCUAAAGGUAUUAGAGGAAGACGCAGAAUUGCUUCAAGACAAUUUAGGGCAACUCCAUACCCACUAUCUAAGCGGGAUGUGUCAGAUUCCCUGACUGAGAAGAAAUGCACCCAUGGGACUGAGCACAUGAAAGAUUGGGAAGAUGCAACCUGUUCUGUGUGCAUGGAGUAUCCGCAUAAUGCAGUUCUUCUGCUAUGUUCAUCUCAUGACAAGGGCUGUCGGGCCUACAUGUGUGGGACCAGCUGUCGUUAUUCUAACUGUCUAGACCAGUACAAGAAAGCCUACACAAAAGUAAACUCACGUGAUCUGAACCAACCUUUGCAUGGCGCAACUGAGGAUACUACUUCUUUUGUUAGCCAACCAGUUUCUAGUGGGCCCGUUGCGAACCAAGGAGAAAUCACUGAGCUCGUGUGUCCUCUUUGCAGAGGCCAAGUGAAAGGUUGGACUAUUGUGGAGGCUGCACGGAAAUAUCUCAACAGUAAGAAGAGAACUUGCAUGGAAGAGAAGUGCUUGUAUGUUGGAACUUACAAGGAAUUGAAGAAACACGUGAAAUCAGAGCACCCUUCUGCUAGGCCACGUGAAGUAGACCCUGCUCAUGAACAGAAGUGGAGGCGGUUUGAGCGGGAGAGAGAAAGGGAAGAUGUGAUCAGUACGGUUACUUCGUUAGUGCCCGGAUCUGUGGUUUUUGGUGAUUAUGUUAUUGAAAGGACUCCCCAUGGGUUUGAUACAAGUGAUGAUGAAGAAGAGGAGGGUUUCCCAGGACUUGGCAGGAAUAUGGAAGACUUUGAUGUCAAUUUGGUUAAUGUUUUUCUCCUAUUUCAAACAUUAGGUCGCACAGGAGGAAAUGUUGGUUCCUUUGACGGGUUAAGGAGGCAAGGUGAAGAGGUCCAAGAGGAUGGUGAUACUGAUGACCUAGGCCAUGACCAUGGCACGUCAUUGAUGAAUAGGUUGCGUAGACAGGGUAGAACUGUAUUGAGUAGGUCAGGAAGGAGGCGGCGGCGUAGAGAAGCAAGUGUGGAGCAUUUAUAAAUAUUCAAGCUUGAAAUUGCAAUUAAUAAAGGGAUCAGCAAUAUACAAGGUAUAGCAGACUUGUUUACUUGCCUUUAGUUUAAAGGCAUGUACUUUCUCCUGAUUCCGUACUCCCUUGAGCACCCAAGUAUCUCUUGAGAUUAUGCAUUCUGGAAAUACUUUCAGUUUGAACCCCUCCUGUGUAAAGAUGUAUUAAUAUUGAUCUCGUAGUUUAGAAUUUGUACCUGAUGAGCUACAGUGAAUUACGUCUGCCUUGCCCCUGUUUGGGUUAAGUAUACAGCCAUACAGGCUCAGCUGACAGAAUAGAAUGACCGCUGAAGUUGGGAUGUCCUUAUAUGUGCUUGUUUCUCUGGCCUCAAGUCCAGUUCUUAGGUUGGAAAAGAAAUGACAAACAUAUAGAUUGAUGUUCA